GGUGAUGUACAUGAAUAACCCAAGUCAUUUCACAGUUUCAUGAAUCCAGCUGAAAAAGUUUGUAUGCGGGGCCAAUGAUACAUGGCUCUGACUCCAGGAUACCAGGACAUGACAGGUCAUGAAGCUCAUACAGCCUAAUCCUUCAUUUGGUCUUUUAUUAUGAAUUAAAAAAGAUAUUCUGGAUAUCAGUCGAGGUCAGGUGCAGUUUUAAUUUGUUUUCAUAAUUAGAUUCUGACUAAAUUUUGUGAGUUUGGCAUCAACAGUGAGAAAUGUUACAGUAACUAUAUCCUGUAAAUUAAACCUUAUCAGUGCUGACUGUGCUCAUGGACUUUUUUAGUGCAAACACCUGUUUACUUUUUUAAAUUAGUUAAAAGAGUUUAAUCAAUAUGUGAUGUGAAGUCAUGUUGUUGAGCAGUGGUCUGAAGCUUGUAUUUGUUUUGAUCUUCAGAUGGACCAACAGCGUAGCCCACCUGGCUCCAGCCCUGCCUGUGACCCUGGUACCAGUUCACUGAGGAGCACAGUGGUCGGUGCCUACACCUGGGAAAGCAUCCUCAUCCCCAACCCUGAGCGGCCUGACUUUCCACGUCACAUCCUGCGGAGGAUUCCAGUUCCAACCUCCAAGAGAGGCCCCCCACCUGGCUCCUCCACUCAGGCUCCCCCCACAACUCUCUCUGACUCUUCUUCCAGCUCUAGCUCUCCUUCUAACUCCCUCUGUGGCUCUAUUUCCAGCUCUAGCUCUCCUUCUAACUCCCUCUGUGGCUCUGUUUCCAGCUCUAGCUCUCCUUCUAACUCCCUCUGUGGCUCUGUUUCCAGCUCUAGCUCUCCUUCUAACUCCCUCUGUGGCUCUAUUUCCAGCUCCUCAUCCAGCUCUUCUUCUAACUCCCCCUCUUGCUCUCCUUCUCAGGCCCCAGCCUCAGAGGGAUGGACCUUGGUGCCCUCAGAUCAUCCAACAAGGAUCAUCCUGAGGAGGCCCCAGAGGGUAAAGCAGUCUCGCAGGAAGAGAGCAGCUGAACCUGCAGGUAAGUCAGCAGGUGAGUCAGCAGACAAACGUUUUUGUCCUUUUAUUUGAUUUUGAACUUAGUUUUUUUUCUCAUUUAAUUAAGCUAAGCUAAGUUUAAUUUAUUUGAAUUAUUUGAAUGGACUUAUUUUAUUGGAAUCAAAUGUAUUUGAAUUGUCUUGAUUUGCACUGAACAGAGUUUCUUUGAAUCCAUUGAACUGAAUUUUCUUGAAAUACUCUGGACAGAAUUUA